AUGAAAAAUGUAGACCUUGACUCGCCAGGGACAGGACUUUUCGAAACUCAUGUCACAUGGGAGGAUGUAGAAGAGGACAUGAAGAACCAACUGGGUACCACAGCCUCGUUUGGACCAAACAAGACCGUUAUAGACAUGGGAGACGGCAAGGGUUUCAUGUCGAAACUUCUACUCAUCAGACCCGACUGGCAGGACAACGACGGAGAGCUGCCUGAGAAGUUCAUCCUGAAGGCUUGUCAAGCACUUGUGAUUCCUAUUUCCAUUGAUCAGCAAAGCUCAUUUCUCAAUAAAAGAUAUUCUGAUAACUGA